AUGUACCCGCCGUUGCCGUGUUUGAUGUUUUCCAUGGGUUGUCAUCGGGGUGUUCUUGAUGUCAAGGACUUCCCACCUUUGCCGAUCACCACGCCUCUCCCACCUAUACACUCUCGAGUCUCGUCCUUGCAGAGUUACCAGAGCUCUGGUCUUCGGUCUUCGACGCCCAAGAUCCCACCAGGGUUUGAACAGGCCCAUGCGCACCCGCCCCCUCCACAGCGACCAGAUUCUCCUACUCAACCUGCACGGACAGUGGCCCUGCGAAGCACAUCGACCAGUUCGACACCCGUUACCCCGGCAGUACCAGUGUUACCGAUCGGCCCUCGCACGUCCACGCCACAACCAAAAGUUUCGGAAGUCUCCGAGGAAGAGAGCAAACAGUCCAAACGUGAUGAGAAGCCCGUCCCCCAGGCGAUCAAGCUCAAGGCUCAAGUAAAUGAGAUAAGCCUGGGAUCGCCCAAGCAGAAACAGACCCGUCAGAAGGUCAAGGCCGAGACUGAAAAGAAGGAAGAUACCGCCGCCGAGGCUGCCACCGACAGGAGUGUUGACAAAAAGGCUAAGAAAGCCCCUGCAGUCAAGCCUGAAAAGAUCGAAUUGCCUCCAGUGGCCCUCUCGAGUGCGUCGACUUCGCUGCCAACGUAUAAAUCCGCAGCAGAAACACCAUUGUUAGAGUCCUCAGUCGUCGCGACGCCUGCAACAAUGAGCCGACCGGGUACGCCUGGUACAACAACAGCCUCUGAACCGUCUAAGACCUCUGCGCGACCCAGAGUGCUGCGUGUGACAACUGGUGUAACGCCUAAAGUUGCAGAGCAGACUCCUGCGUCGGCAACUACUGAGAGAUCGAGCAUAUUGCCUCCCUCAGCUGCUAGGAAAGGAUCCAGAAGACCAUCUCUCUCUUCGGCCCAGCAAAGCCGGCCAUCUACUCCUGCGAUGUCGGAGCGACCGUCCCACGACGCGUCUCGCGCGAGUAGUCCUCCACCAAGCAUCAUAGGCUCUGCUCCUGAGCGCACGAAGACCAAGGCUCAGCUGAAGAAGGAACGAAAGGAGAAGUCGCGGAAGACGACGGAGGUGGGCGAGACUCCUAGCGUCGCGAGUACGCCUGUUGUCGAAGAGGUAGCCCCGGUUGUUGCGAGACAGAAGAAACAGAAAAGGCAACGCCUGGGAAGCGGCGCCAUUGCCAGUGCGGACGAAAUUGCCAGCCCGAAGAAGCCCACGGGCGCCAAGCUGGCAGACACGACUGACAGGCAGGCUGCUAACGCCGGCGAUCCGGAUUCCAAACGCGAGCUGGGACAAAUCCCUACCGCGGCGUCACCUUCCAAGAGGGCGGGCACAACGCAUUCCCAGCCCUCCGAACCAAGUACCCCCGCCCCCGAAAGGGCCCAAGAAGAUCCUCCGUUGAAACCGGAAGAUAGCAAACCAGCUUAUAGUGUCCGUGACCUGUUGCAUGACGCUGCCGAAGCCGCCGGGCCCAACGCUAGCCCCACUGCCACCCAUGCGGCCCUGCAGAAACUACUCCAGGAACACGUGUCCUCGAUGCCCAAGAUCAUCUCCUCGCUACUUCAAUCUGGCGACCUUAGCAAAGACCAUCCAUGGUUGAAUCCACCUUCCUUCAAUUCGGCUGCUUACAAGCUCCCGCCCGACUCCCGGCGUGGGCAAGAAUAUCUUGACGGCAAUGCCUAUAGCGCUAACGACGCUUUUGGCUACAUUUACUUACCAAUGAAAGAGAAGCAAGCACUGAAAGACGGUAACGCCGUGAGCGUUGCGGAUGCUGGGGACAGAAAGGACGAUUUGUUGAAGAGAUGUCUUGUCACGCCCAAUGGGUGGGUGUUGAGACAUCUGAGUGCCGACGAAAGCGAGAAAGUACUUGAGCUGGAAGAAAGACGCCAGACGUACGUUGAAGAGUUUGGCGACGUCGGUACUAUGUCCGGGCUCGGUGUGCUUGAAAUGGACGAUUUUACAAAUCUUGGUGGCGGCAUGGAGAAGCUUGCCAGACACGGUGAACGUCACGGAGUGGUCUGGAUUGUGGGGGAGGAUGGGCAAAUGGAGGAUGACGACGAUGAGUUCGAGCCAUUUGACCACGAAGAUGGUGGAGUUGAUGGUGCAAUCGGCGUUACUGACGAAGACGGCGAGGACGAUGGGUUUGAGGAUGAUAUCGACGAACGCGUCUUCGACACAGAUGAACACCUGGAGAUGCCCGGCGCAUGGGAGCAUCCGCCCCGCAACGCCCGUCCCCCUUCGAGGGUCGCUUCGGGUGGUCGCAUCAACUCGCUGCCAGGCCUGGGACCGCAUUCUAGGACGAAUGCUCUCCGUCUGCCGCCUCGGGGUCCCAUCGCUCCCGAAUGCCCUUCGCAGCCCCUCGACUCCGAAACCAAUGCUCCAGCGCCUGUCACCACAGGGCCAGCAACCACAGCAUCAGGAGCCAUCCAUGACACCACAAACCUCCGUCUGCUAGAAAACGAGGCCCUCCAGAAGCGUGUUCAAGAGUCACAAAAAGCCCUUGAAGCGGCGCGCAAGGAGAUGGAGAAGCUUGAGAAAAUGGCAAACAAAAAGGCCAAGGAUAUCAACCGCUGGCGGGAAGGCAUCGUUGGUGCGCUGGCGAGUGCUGGUGUCAAGGGCUAG